CAGAGCCUUUCAUUAGCAGUCUAGUCUAAUGAAGUGUAAAAGAGCAGGGACCUUUUAUUGUUUCUUUCACUUUGCUGGAGUCCUGGUUGGGAGGUAAGACUGACUGAACGAGACAGGAUGCGAGGAGCCUGGAAUUUGGCUGUUCUCUGGAUGCUGUUUGCUGGCAUAGAGGCUCAGAACAGGUCACGGAGUAGGGUUCAGCAAAGCAAACAAGAGGUGCAGAAUAACAAGCGCCCUCCCUUCAGGUCAUGGAACAGUCAGAUGUACCCCAUCUGGAAAGGCAGUGAAGCCCAGAAAAGGGACUGUUGGAAAGGAGGUCAAGUGACCUUCAGCCUCCGUAAUGAUGCCCCAACUUUGACUGGUGCCAAGGCCACCUUCUUCAUCCAGCUAAACUUCCCGCAGAAUCAGACAGUGCUGCCUGAUGGACAGGUUAUCUGGAACAAUAACCGCACUGACAAUGGUACCUGGGCUCCCAUUUACCCUGAUGAGGGAACAGAAGGUUCUGAGUGUACAUUUCCAGAUGGCAGUCCAUUCCCACGUGAUUCUGACAAAAGGCGCAGCAAGUUUGUUUACGUUUGGCAAGCAUGGGGGAAGUACUGGCAGGUAGUAGAUGGUCCCUCCUCCAAUCUAACAGUGGAUACAGAUGACAUUCCCCUUGGCUCAUACACAAUGGAAGUGGUUGUGUACCAUUAUCGUGGGCGACAAAAGUUUAUACCUAUUGGCAGCAGCACCUCUCAGUUUGUAAUCACUGAUCAGAUACCAGUUUCUGUAUCCAUAUCACAAGUUCUUGAUCUGGACCAGGAGGACCAGCGCUUUAUUCAAAAUAGAGCAGUGGCCUUCUCUGUAGCAGUUCAUGACCCAAGUAACUAUCUCCAAGCAGCUGAUAUCUCCUUCUCCUGGGAUUUUGGAGAUCAGAGUGGUACAUUUAUCACCCGGAACACAGCGGUCACCCAUACAUACACUACUCCUGGUGUAUUCAAAGCAAAAGUUGUUGUGCAGGCUUCUAUUCCAAUCACUCCAUGUGGAAGCACUGCUGCUGUGAUGACCACGGUACAGGUGGUGACCUCUACAGCUCUACCGCCUGAGCCUUCAACAGGAGCUGCUACUGCUACCACAGCUGGAAGACAAACGGUUGCACCCAGUACUGCUGCAGUCCCCAUUAACACAACACUGGACACAGAAGCAAACCUCUUGGUAACUGUGGCUUCCCUAAAUGAAGAGGUUAAUGUGGAACCAGAAGACGACUCUGUGAUUGCCACGGCUGUUGCUGAGAAUGUGGAACCAGAAGAGGACUCUGUGAUUGCCACUGCUGUUGCCACUGCUGUUGCUGAGAAUGUGGAACCAGAAGACGACUCUGUGAUUGCCACUGAUGUUGCUGAGAAUGUGGAACCAGAAGAUGACUCUGUGAUUGCCACUGCUGUUGCUGAAAAUGAACAGGCCUUGCCAGCAGAUGAGGAAGCUGUGACAGUUGUGGCCACAGAAGACACUGCAGCUAACCAGGAUGCAGUAACAGUAACUCAGCCAGAAGCUGUGGUCACUGAAGAAGGCACAGAAUCUCCCCAAGAAGUAAUUCCAAGUGAAGCAUCUGUUAUGCCAGAAGUUGUACCAUCCGAUGCUGCUCCAGAUCAGACUGAAGAAAAUGCAGCUCAAGAUGCUGAGGGCACAGAAGGUGCUUCAACAGUUACUGAGGCUGUACAGAAUGUAGCUAGUGCUGUACCAGAACAAGCUACAACAGAAGUUGUGUCAAAUGAAGCUGUAACAGCCACCGAUGCUAAUGAAGUGUUGCUGCUUGCCAAGCGUCAGGCACCAGAAGGACCUCUUGUAGGCUGUUUGCUUUAUCGUUAUGGAACAUUUGCAGCUGACCUGGAUAUUGUCUCGGGCAUUGAAAGUGUACAAAUUGUGCAAGUGGAGCCAGUUAUUUCAGCCGGGCUUGAAAAUACAGUGGACCUUACAAUCACAUGUCAAGGAAGUGUACCAAGACAAGCAUGCACUGUAAUCUCUGGUCCUGACUGUGAGAAUCCACAGCAAACUGUCUGCAGCCCAGUGGAACCCUCUUCUGACUGUCAGCUGGUCUUGCGCCAGGUCUUCAAUGAAACUGGUGUCUUCUGCGUUAAUGUGUCAUUAACUGAUGACGUCAGCUUGGCUGUUGCCAGCACUCAAGUUAGCGUGUCAGCAGGUGCAGCAUCUUCAGUGAAUGGAAUGGCUGUUACAGUCGGCAUUCUCCUGGCUGCACUUGCAGUAGCUGCAGUAGCUUACACCUACAGGCAUGCAAAGUCAUACACCCCACUCAAAAGUAACCAUGCAGCUGUCAACUGGUUUCCUGAUCGUUCAGCUCUUUGGCUCUUCAUUCAAAAUGCCCUUGGACGCUCUGCAAGUGGGGAGAAUAGCCCCCUUCUAAAUGGCCGGGUAGUAUGAGGCAAAGGACAAGCAUGGAAGAGAAUGAGUUGGAACCUUUGCGAUAUUUGUCUUGUACAAAGAAGGGGACAAGCCAUUAACUUUAAAUGCUGGAUAUCACGCAAUUGACCUGUUCACCUAGAAAAAUAAUAAAACUCAUUCACUGCUAUUAAGGUCUGACUGAAGGUACACA